UGAGUAUAUUGUGCAAAUGGGUAGUGAUCUUCUCGUUGAUGCGGGUGCCCAGAGGAUCAGGGCCACACAGUCCUUCGUCCACCCCCGGUAUAACAACCGCACCGAUUAUCAUGACAUCAUGCUGGUGAAGCUGAGCAGCCCAGCCACGCUCUCGCCUACUGUGAACACAAUUGACCUACCGUCCAGAUGCAAAGGCGUUGGGAAAAGCUGCACUGUGUCUGGCUGGGGCGUCACCACCGGGGAUGCAGCAGCAACACAUCCAUCAGAGCUCAUGUGCUCAAAUGUCAACAUCACCUCCUUCCGGGACUGCAAGCAGACUUACUGGACCCUGUUGAAAUACCACAUGCUCUGUGCGGCUGCCCCCGACGGGCUCUCAGACAUCUGCAGAGGUGACUCCGGGAGUCCGCUGAUUUGCGAAGGUUCCCUGCAAGGCGUGGUGUCCGCCGGCCAUUUCCCUUGUAUCCUGCCCUUUGAGCCAGUGAUAUACACCCGCAUAUGCAUGUACCGCAAAUGGCUGUAUGAUACCAUGAAAGCCAAUUCCUAA